CCUUGAUUGUAGCACUUGAAAAAAAACAAAGGCCGACUCCUCCAGCGAGGUCCAAAUCUAAAGGUAGAGAUAUAUUUAGGUAUUUCCCCGGGAUAGUCGCCCCGGAUUGAGCUCUUCUUACGACUCUGGUGGGAAAUUGGCCAACAUUCAACAUAAAAUCACAACACCAUGCCGCUUCCACAGCUCCUCAUCGGCAAAGUGGCCGCCAUCACAGGUGGUUUGACCGGUAUUGGCAGAGCCAUUGCCCUCGACUAUCUUCGCCACGGCGCCAAGGUAGCCGUCAACCACCUCGGCGGCCCGAACGAUGAGCCACUCCUCGAGGCGCUGCGCAGAGAGGUGUCCGAGGUGACCGGAGACGAGGGGACCAGGUUCAUUGCCGUCGCGGGGGAUAUCUCCCAGCCCGAGACGGGGCGCGAGUUUGUCGCCAAGACGGUAGAAGCAUUCGGACGACUGGAUGUGUUUGUGAGCAACGCGGGCGUGUGCAAGUUCGAAGAAUUCCUGGAGGUCGACCCUCCCCUCCUCGGCCACACCUUCAACACCAACCUCUCCGGGGCAUUUUACGCCGUCCAGGCGGCCGCGCGACAGAUGGCGCUCGCCCAGUCGCCCCCGGGCGGCUCGAUCAUCGGCAUCAGCUCCAUCUCGGCGCUGGUCGGUGGAGGGCAGCAGACCCAUUACACGCCCACCAAGGCAGGCGUGCUCAGUCUCAUGCAGUCGACGGCCGUGGCGCUGGGCAAGUAUGGCAUCCGCUGCAAUGCGCUGCUGCCCGGGACCAUCCGCACGCAGCUGAAUGACGAGGAUAUGAGCGACCCCGCGAAGCGAACAUACAUGGAAGGCAGAAUCCCGCUGGGACGACUGGGUCAGCCGCGGGAUCUGACGGGCCCCGCUGUGUUUCUGGCGUGCGAGGAAUUGAGUGGCUAUGUGACCGGUGCGCAGCUACUCGUAGAUGGUGGAUUGUUCGUGAAUCUUCAAUAGGUUGGGAUCUUGUAUUAUGACCGAGACCUUGCAUAUCACGUCGCAUA